AUGAGGAGUGGAAGGUGUACCUUCUUUUCUUUGCCUUGUUCGUGGCUGCCACAUCUGCAGCACCCACUUGUAAAUGCCAAGAUGAAGAUAAGGUAAAAGUAAAAAUACUCAUUAGUGUUAUCAUAUAUCAAUCUGCAGCUUUCCAUACUCCCGUCGUAUACUUUUAAACAUUAGUCUUUUUUUGCGAUACAAGUUCCAGAGACUUAGUUGUUCCCGUUCAAUGCUGAUAGAAUAUUUUUGUGCGGCCCUAAGCUGAAAUUGUAUGCCGAUAUAAAGCCGUUAUACGUGUUCAGACCAUGUUCCUUUAAAUUCUAAAGUCUAUUUGAAUGAGACCAGAACAAUAGCAACAUAAACGUAAAUAUUAUAUAAUCUUUUGUUCCACAGGAAACUUCGUCCAAGUACAAAGUCAAAGUCAAAGAUGGUGACGAAGAGUGAACAAGAAAUCAAAAUCGACACCGAGAAACAAACCGAGACUUAUCACUUUCCAAAAACGAAAUCAUCCGGUGCAGAAGUGGACGAAGUCUAUGACUUUAAAAGAGUAAAUAAAUUAGCAUAGCAAAGUAAAUAAGCAUAGCAAAGGCAGCGCUCCUCUCCACUCUCCUCGGUUAUUUUUAAGACGCUGAGUGUUGGUCGGGUCGGGGUCUUGAACCCUCAACCUUCCGCACGGCAGUACGGCGGUCUACAAUUAGCAAGAGCUAACCAAGAGCGGUUUAAAAGUUAAGAUUUCCAAAUGGAUUGAAGUUACGACUCUUAGAUCUUGUAGAGUGGCUUUACGCUUGUCCAAGUUAUACUUAGGUAAUUUAAGUAAAAAACUUAUCGCGACUUUUUAAAGUUAAUCGCGUUUUCGCGUACGUUUGGCUAGUUUGCUUACUUUGGAUAAUGGUUAGCACUUUGUUACGUUCCCUUGUGUUGUGACACUCAGUCAACAAGUGCUCUAAGAAAACAGUGAUUACUAUUUAUAAUUCAUAUUCACUGUUUACUCAUUUACUUGCUGAUGUUCUUCGUACAGAACUUGGUCAUGCGCCGAAUACCUGAACUCAAAGCCUGUUUCCUCAGUGAAUCCACUGAAAACGCUCCAAAGCCUCAAGACCUCAAAAAUGCACUUGACAAGGUAACUUUCCUUUCUUCGUUCGCGAGCAACGAUCGAUACUCUAGUUUUACACUGAAGUUCACGAUAAGCCUUUGUUUUUUGAUGCAUCUCUGUUUCCUUGAAAUUAUCUUUUACAGGAAAGUGUCACUUUUAUAGAAUGAUAGUAUGUGUUCAGAACGCGAUUUUUUUCGAGAGCUUAUCAAGAAGCUCUAAAAAUAAAAAUAAUGCCUUUUAUGACACUAUAUCCCAGUUUUGACUUCUUGUAGUGCUCGCGGAGAAUGAAUCAGUCGUGAUCUUAACUUCAUUAUCACCUAAAGUUUUAAGCAAGAUCAUGCUUAUGGAAUGAGUACCAAUCGAAAUAGAAAUUUGAUGGGAAGCAACUCAUUUUUUUUCUAAAUUGCUUUUUCAGCAAAGCGUUUCAGGUUCCUCACAAUCUGUUAAUACUACUGAAGACAACUACGAAGCUGUUGGCACUGUGAAUAAUCGUACCACUCUGAGUGAUGAAAUGGCUGCAAUGUGUGCCAAAUUUCCCAUUUAUCGCAUCAAGAGGAAGCAGGUCACUAUGAGUGUGGAAAAAGAAAACGUCCAAGGUAUUUGA